CCUCGCUUAAACAGUAUGGCCGGCGACAUUAGCUAGCGCUCGCUCUACUCUCUCUAACGGGGAAGCUUCGAACUACAAGAGACUGAACUGUAUCUGCCUCUAUUUCCAACAGACUCACGUUCAACUUUCGCUCACAAAAAGAAGCCGGGAAAAUUUUAUUAGUCCUUUUUUAAAAAAAAGUUAAUAUAAAAUUAUAGCAAAAAAAAAAGGAACCUGAACUUUAGUAACACAGCUGGAACAAUCCGCAGCGGCGGCGGCAGCGGCGGGGAGAAGAGGUUUAAUUUAGUUGAUUUUCUGUGGUUGUUGGUUGUUCGCUAGUCUCACGGUGAUGGAAGCUGCACAUUUUUUCGAAGGGACGGAGAAGCUGCUGGAGGUUUGGUUCUCCCGGCAGCAACCUGACGCAAACCAAGGAUCUGGGGAUCUUCGCACUAUCCCGAGAUCUGAGUGGGACAUACUUUUGAAGGAUGUGCAAUGUUCAAUCAUAAGUGUGACAAAAACUGACAAGCAGGAAGCUUAUGUACUCAGUGAGAGUAGCAUGUUUGUCUCCAAGAGACGUUUCAUUUUGAAGACAUGUGGUACCACCCUCUUGCUGAAAGCACUGGUUCCCCUGUUGAAGCUUGCUAGGGAUUACAGUGGGUUUGACUCAAUUCAAAGCUUCUUUUAUUCUCGUAAGAAUUUCAUGAAGCCUUCUCACCAAGGGUACCCACACCGGAAUUUCCAGGAAGAAAUAGAGUUUCUAAAUGCAAUUUUCCCAAAUGGAGCAGCAUAUUGUAUGGGACGUAUGAAUUCUGACUGUUGGUACUUGUAUACUCUGGAUUUCCCAGAGAGUCGAGUAAUCAGUCAGCCAGAUCAGACCCUGGAAAUUCUGAUGAGUGAGCUUGACCCAGCAGUUAUGGACCAGUUCUACAUGAAAGACGGUGUUACUGCAAAGGAUGUCACUCGUGAGAGUGGAAUUCGUGACCUGAUACCAGGUUCUGUCAUUGAUGCCACAUUGUUCAAUCCUUGUGGGUAUUCAAUGAAUGGAAUGAAAUCGGAUGGAACUUAUUGGACUAUUCACAUCACUCCAGAACCAGAAUUUUCUUAUGUUAGCUUUGAAACAAACUUAAGUCAGACCUCCUAUGAUGACCUGAUCAGGAAAGUUGUUGAAGUCUUCAAGCCAGGAAAAUUUGUGACCACGUUGUUUGUUAAUCAGAGUUCUAAAUGUCGGACAGUGCUUGCUUCGCCCCAGAAGAUUGAAGGCUUUAAACGUCUUGAUUGCCAGAGUGCUAUGUUUAGUGAUUACAAUUUUGUUUUUACCAGUUUUGCUAAGAAGCAGCAACAACAGCAGAGUUGAUUAAGAAAAAUGAAGAAAAAACGCAAAAAGAAAACACACGUAGAAGGUGGUGGCUGCUUUCUAGAUGUUAAUACUGGGGGCCAUGCUUUCCAUAACCACCACCUUGUAGUUGCAGAAAGCCCUAGAUGUAAUGAUAGUGUAAUCAUUUUGAAUUGUAUGCAUUAUUAUAUCAAAGAGUUAGAUAUCUUGCAUGAAUGCUCUCUUCUGUGUUUAGGUAUUCUAUGCCACUCUUGCUGUGAAAUUGACAUGCAUGUAGAAAAAAACUUUUACUAUAUGGAACUUUACAACACUUGUGAAAACAAUUCAAUUUGGUUUAUGCACAGUGUAAUAUUUCUCCAGGUAUCGUCCAAAAUUCCUCACAGACAAGGCUUUCGUCCUCAUUAGGUGUUGGCCUCAGCCAAACCAUCUGGGACUGUUCUAUUAAACUGCUGCCAGAAUUUUACAUCCAGUUACCUCCACUUUCUAGAACUAAUUCUUUACUAAUGUUAUUGGAACCAAUUUCUACUUCAUACAGAUGUUUUUUGCAAUAGCAAUUAAAGUUUUUUUUUCCACAAGUCGGGUCCUGUUAAGAAAAUGAUUCCAGUUAUUUUGUGUAUUACUAUUUUAAAAUUAUUGGUCCAUGCAUUUGUAGUCCUAUGAUUGAUUUCUUCUCUCACCAGGUGUCUUUCCUCAAACCCUCCAAAUAAAGCAAUACACUGUUAA